UCUUUGUGUUUGAGCCGUGAAAGAAAAAUAACAUAUAAACAGAAAACAAAACCCACCACUUAAAUACUAUGGGUUCUUAUACCCAUUUUGCCUGCGCCAUUGUUUUGGCCCUCACCAUUAGCUGCCAAGGCACAACUUCAGCUAAAUUGAAUAUGAACAAUGUAUGUGCCCUGGUAAAUAAUGGUGUCAAUGUAGGCUCAGCCGAAAAUUGUGACAUCUAUUACUCGUGUUUCAAUGGCAAAGCCACCCGCCAACAAUGCGCUCCCGGCACCUUCUACGAAAAGGAAAUUCAAAAAUGUGCACCCGAAGAUCAAGUCAAAUGUUUGGCUGCUAAUGCCCCCUGUGCAGGUGAUACUAUGGGUCUUUGGGUUCCUGUCAAGAACUCCUGCACCGAUUUUUAUUUCUGCAGUACCAAUGGGCCAAAACGUUUCACAUGCCUACUUGGUCAACAUUUCAAUCCCGUCAGCCGUUCAUGCGUACCCGCCGAUCAAUAUGAAUGCCAACAAACAGUGGCAACAACGGAGUCAGAAACUGGCGUUGAGGAAAGUAUUACUAUUCCCGUGAACACCUGCAUUCUUAUACAGAGUGGCAUCUUCUUUGCCGAUGCCGGUCUCUGUACUACCUAUAAUCAAUGUCAAAAUGGCAUUUUGAUUCCUGGUGUUUGCCCCACUGGUCUGGAAUACAAUGUUAUCACCUUGCAAUGUGAAAAUCCUGAUAAUGUCACCUGCAAUCAAGUAUCCAAUGAUCCCAACUUAGCACCCAGCAAUAGCACCACCUCGGGCAAUUCUACCACUACCGGCAAUAGUACCAGCAUUCAAAUACCUGGUACCAAAAUUAUUUUGAAGCCCACCAUCAAUGUAUAUUGAGAAUAGAUUCGUAAG